GCGCCCCGCCCCUUCUGCGUGGCGUGUCAUCAUCUGGCGCCCCCGCCGGAACGUGUGAAAAGCGACGGCGCAGCACGGUGCGGCGCAGCUCCGGCUCCCCUUUCCCCCUUGCUGGGCGAGAGGUGUCUAUGGGGCACCCGCUGCCGCCGCCGCCGCUACCGCCGCCGCCACCGCUGCCGGGUGCUGUCUCUAUGGCGAGGAGGAGAAGGAGGAGCGCGAGCUCAGAGAUACAAGUACAUAAAUAAGAUACAUAAAUAUUUUAUGAAACAAACUUCAAUCAAGUGUAACAUUUUGAUGCUUGGCAUCUAGACUUCCUUGUGCCCUCACUAUGCCAGCAGCAACUGUAGAUCAUAGCCAAAGAAUUUGUGAAGUUUGGGCUUGCAACUUGGAUGAAGAGAUGAAGAAGAUUCGUCAAGUUAUCCGAAAAUAUAAUUACGUUGCUAUGUUCUUAAGAAACUUGGGUUUAGCACUGGAAUAUUGUGAGCAUAGUUUCACAUACCCCUUGGAAUACAUGAAUUUAUUAUUUUUCCGCUUCCUUGAAUAUUGAGACACCGAGUUUCCAGGUGUGGUUGCAAGACCCAUUGGAGAAUUCAGGAGCAAUGCUGACUAUCAAUACCAACUAUUGCGGUGUAAUGUAGACUUGUUAAAGAUAAUUCAGCUAGGACUGACAUUUAUGAAUGAGCAAGGAGAAUACCCUCCAGGAACUUCAACAUGGCAGUUUAAUUUUAAAUUUAAUUUGACGGAGGACAUGUAUGCCCAGGACUCUAUAGAGCUACUAACAACAUCUGGUAUCCAGUUUAAAAAACAUGAGGAGGAAGGAAUUGAGACCCAGUACUUUGCAGAACUUCUUAUGACUUCAGGAGUGGUCCUAUGUGAAGGGGUCAAAUGGUUGUCAUUUCAUAGCGGUUAUGACUUUGGCUAUUUAAUCAAAAUCCUGACCAACUCUAACUUGCCUGAGGAAGAACUUGACUUCUUUGAGAUCCUUCGAUUGUUUUUUCCUGUCAUUUAUGAUGUGAAGUACCUCAUGAAGAGCUGCAAAAAUCUCAAAGGUGGAUUACAAGAAGUUGCUGAACAGUUAGAGCUGGAACGGAUAGGACCACAACAUCAGGCAGGAUCUGAUUCAUUGCUCACAGGAAUGGCCUUUUUCAAAAUGAGAGAAAUGUUCUUUGAAGAUCAUAUUGAUGAUGCCAAAUAUUGUGGUCAUUUGUAUGGCCUUGGUUCUGGUUCAUCCUAUGUACAGAAUGGCACAGGGAACGCAUAUGAAGAGGAAGCCAACAAGCAGUCAUGACACGAACUAGCCCUUUUGUUUUUUAUCUUAUUUGAGCUACACACAUGCUUGUAUAUAGGUUUUAUCUCUGGUUGAAUAGACAAUACCUUUUCCCCCCCUUUCAGAGCCCAUUUUAUUGUCUGCCUUUCAGUACUAAGUAUGGCCAUUCCUAUCUCAGAUCUUAAUAAAUAGAAAAGCAUUCAGGUUAAAUUUGGCCUUAAUUUAAUAUACUUGUUAGCAAGCGUGUGUGACAGAGUGGGGAAAGCUACAUCAUAUUGAAUGUUUUGAUAAACUUCUACUUGAGUUUGGUUUAUUUUUCCCUUUUCCUAAAUUAACUAGCACUGACUGUAAUUUAUUUCCUGUUUUAUGUCUCUCCCUUCCAUUCUGCAGGAUUUUAGCUAUUUGAGAUUGUGGAUCAUCAAUUUUGCACUUUAGAGAGUGAUUCUUACUCAGAUCCUCUGUUUUAUCAGAAAUUUUGGUUUUUUGUGCUUUUAGCUUGAAAAAUGACCAACUGCCAACUUUAUACAGUAUUUACUUGUUUUUGACCCACAGAAUAUAGCACAUUCAUUGUGCAAACUGUUGAUUCAGCAAGAUUAACAAAAAAAGAUAACAAAACUACUGAGGAGCUUAGUAACUGCUGUUUCUAUGUGUAGUGUUUAAUCUUCCAAGCACAUCUAGUGUCUGUCAGUUUCUAAUUGGCAUGUGUAGGCUACUCUGUGACUGAAGAAUUUUCAAACCAGCUUUACACCCUUCAGGAAAUAUCCCUUGUGAUUGGAUGUUUAAUAUCUGCCAGGAAACUCAUAUUCAAGAUGUUGAAACUACAGUUAUUUUAUGGUAGCACACUUCCCUUGAUCCGCUUCUUUUUAUUCCUUCACUGUUGACCCUUGUGUUUUUAAUUUUAUAGCCAUACUUAUGAUGCUCUUGAUUUGUUGAUUACACAAAUCAGUUUUAUUAAAAUCCAAAGAUAACAGGUCUUUAGGUAUAUUUUGUACCAAAUUAAAUUAGAAGACAAAUUGUGCUUUCAUAGUUGCUACACAGAUAAAUAAUGGAGAGAUUUGGUGCAAAACAACAAACUACAAUAUAUAUAUAUUCAUAUACAUAUAGCUAAUUAAAUUACCUGAGGAGUGUAAUGCUUGUUUAUUUUUUUGUGUAUAUCUUUGCAAUCUAUUUUAUAUAUAUUGACAAAAAAGACUGUGAAAUAUUUCACCAUGCAGAAUAUGUGACCAGACCAGAGCAUGUGUAGGAAGACUUUUUGGUAAUCAUUAACUCUACCCUGAAAUGAUGGAAUACAAGUUAUAACGUGUGUUAUCUACACUUCAAUCAGUAAUAUUAGCAAAUCUCCAAAUGUUAGCCACACUGGUUUGUUUCCCUUGUACAUUAUUCAUAUUACAAUGCUGUAACUGGGUGGUCCUUUUUAAACAAAACAUUAUUUGCAAAACAGAGGGUAUUAUUUGUUUUUAAAGCUUUUGUAAAUAAAGGCUUCAGAAAUGUUUUCUUACUUA